AUGGCAUCAGAUAGUAAAACAACUGAGUACGGUAAAAGGCUCAUCCCCCACAUUGUCGACGAGAACGCCCGCCAGCAGCCCCAGAGCGAGGCCUUCCAGGUCCCAAACUCGUCGGAUCCAAAGGACGGUUGGAGAGUAGUGACUUGGAAGGAAUACGCCAACGCGAUCAAUCACGUUGCCCGCCGCAUCAUCGAGACAACUGGCGAGCCCAAGAAAGACUCUUUCCCGACAAUUGCCUACAUUGGGCCCAAUGAUGCACGUUACGUCGUGUUGAUGGUCGCUGCCAUCAAGGCUGGCUAUAAAGCGCUCUUUAUUUCUCCUCGCAACUCGCAGGAGGGUCAAAUCAACCUGUUCGACAAGACAGACUGUAACAUUGUGGUGUUUCCCAAGUCUCAUCAUAAGAUCGUCCAGCCAUGGUUACAGGAGAGAGAUAUGAAAGCCGUGGAAGUCGGCGACUUCGAAAAAUGGUUUCCUCCAAAAGAAGUGCCCCAUUUCCCGUACAACAAAACCUUCGAGCAAGCAGAAUGGGAUCCUGUGGUUGUGCUGCAUACAAGCGGUUCCACCGGCCUGCCUAAACCUAUUGUGGUCCGCGUAGGCAUGAUCUCGAUUGGUGAUGCAUUUCAUAAUCUACCUAAAUGGCAGGGAACAGAGUUCGUGUUUGGAAAAUGGUUCAGAGAGUCGAAGCGGCAAUGGCUUCCUAUGCCUCUCUUUCAUGCUGCCGGCCUGUAUUCCUUCAUUAAUGCCGUUUUUUACUGGGACAGCAAAGUAGCUCUUGGUGUAGAGCGACCCAUGUCGUCGGAUUUGGUGGUCGAGUGCUUGAACAAUGUCGAUGUCGAGGCCGCCAUGCUUCCGCCGGCGAUCCUGGAAGAUAUGAGCCAAGAUGAGACCUGCAUAAAGGCAUUGGAGAAGAUGAAAUUUGUUCCCUUUGGCGGCGGGAAUCUGGCACGCGAGGCUGGUAACAGGCUAGUCAAGAAUGGUGUCAAUAUCUUGAAUGCCAUUGCUGCGACAGAGUUCUGCCCAUGGCCGUACUACUAUCAGACCAAGCCUGAACUCUGGCAAUACUUCAUCAUCAAUUCUGAAGUGUUCGGCGCCGAUUGGCGCAAGACGGGUGAGGAGAAUGUUUAUGAGCAAGUGAUUGUGCGCCAGGGCAAGAAGCCAGGGUUACAAGGGUUUUUCUUCACAUUUCCAGAUGACCAUGAAUACUAUACCAAGGAUCUCUACAAACCACAUCCAUCCUUGCCCAACCAUUGGAUCUACUAUGGUCGUGCAGACAACAUCAUCGUCUUCUCUAAUGGCGAGAAACUCAACCCUGUCACCAUUGAGGAAAUCGUGGAAGACCACCCAAGAGUCAAGGGCGCUGUGGUCGUUGGCUCCAAUCGAUUCCAACCUGCUAUAUUUGUCGAGCCUGUCUCCCACCCGGAGACCAAAGACGACGAAAAGAAACUUCUUGACAGUGUAUGGCCACUGGUGGUCCAAGCAAAUAAGGAGACUGUAGCUCACGGCCAGAUUGGUCGCGAGUUCCUGGCUCUAACCACCAAAGACAAGCCGUUCCCCAGGGCUGGAAAAGGUACCAUCCAACGAGCCGGUGCAAUCAAGCUCUACAAGGAGGAAAUCGACCAGCUUUAUGAGAAUGUUGGCAAGGUAUCAUCAUCAGAAGCCCCACGGCUUGAUGUCAGCUCAGUGGGAGCACUGGUGGAGUCGAUUGAGGACAUGUUUGAGACCCAUCUCGGCUCCACACAACUCCAGCCGGACACGGAUUUCUUCUCAGCUGGAAUUGACUCCAUGCAAGUCAUCAACGCGUCUCGACUGCUCCGUGCCGGACUCGAAGCUGCUGGCCAUCACACGGAUGGCACUGCCCUGGCAACUCGCGUGGUCUACAGCAAUCCCACACCUCGAAGACUUGCCCAGUACCUGAUGCAGGCGCUUAUCAAGGGUGGCGGUAAAGAUGCCCCCAACGAGGACCUUGAACAGCAGAACGCGAUGAAACAGCUUCAUGAGAAAUACACUCGCAAUCUGCAAACUGCGAAAAAAGGCAGACCGGAUGCCGCUGACAAGGGGCAGACAGUUGUUCUCACAGGGUCUACUGGGAUGCUCGGAUCUUACCUUCUUGACCUUAUGGUCAAUAAUCCCAAUGUCAGGAAGAUUAUUUGUCUUAAUCGGGCGGAAGAUGGUGGCGUCAAGCAGCAAGCUAAGGUAAUGGCUGAUCGUGGACUCACUACUGAGUAUCAGUCGAAGACCGAGUUCUAUCACAUGGACAUCUCCCGUAGUGACUUGGGAAUUCCGAAAGAGCUGUAUAAGCGCAUGCUUAAGGAGACCGAUCGUUGGAUUCACAAUGCUUGGCCUGUCAAUUUCAACAUUACGGUCGAAACAUUUGAACCUCAUCUCCGUGGAGUGCGCAAUGUCGCCGACUUUGCCACCCACGCCGACAAACGUGUGGCAGUCGUUUUUAUCUCAUCCAUUGGCACAGCUGAUCGUUGGGACUCCAGCAAAGGGCCAGUUCCCGAGCAGCGUCUUGAGGAUAUUGGUCUCCCAAGCGGUGGUUACGGCCGUAGCAAGAUGGUUGGCAGUAUGAUUAUGGAGGACGCAUCCAAGGCAGGCGAUUUUCCAGCGGCCACCAUCCGUGUCGGACAGAUUGCAGGCCCAGAGUCCGAAAAGGGGGCUUGGAACAGACAUGAAUGGUUCCCCAGUAUCAUCGCUAGCAGUCUGCACCUGAAAGCACUGCCCUCGGACCUCGGACUUAUGUCCCGGGUUGACUGGACCCCUGUUGAGCGUAUUGCGGGGCUGGUCGUCGAGGUUGCGGGCGUGGCACAGAAGAUUGAGCCGAAGGACGUCAGCGGAUAUUUCCACGGAGUGAAUCCCUCAAGUACGACAUGGAAGAAGUUGGCCCCCGCGGUACAAGAGUUUUACGGCAAGGAACGACUCCCCGAGAUGAUCAGCUUCAAGGAGUGGGUCGAUAGGCUAGAGAAGACCCAGUCGGAGGACAUGAUGGUCGUGGAUUCCAACCCCGGAAUCAAGCUGAUCGACUCGUACAGAGGCAUGGCUGAGGCUGCAGAAGCCGGGCAUAAGUCGGUCCAGUUUGAUAUGCACCGCACUACCAAGACAAGCCCAUCCAUGAGAGAUGCGAAAGCGGUCAGCCCAGAGCUGAUGCAGCACUGGUGUAAGCAAUGGGCAUAUUAG